AUGACAUUCGAUUGUUCUGGUCACAGUGGAUGUGAAAAUGGAGGUCGAUGUUUUCAAGAUAGUGCCAAUUGUGCUCAAACAUCAAUGUGUGUAUGUGCACCAUGUUUUUAUGGGACACGAUGCCAGUUCAGUACGAAAGGUUUCGGUCUUUCAAUCGAUGCCAUUUUGGGUUAUCAUAUUCUGCCCAGUAUAAAGAUUCAUCAUCAACCAGUUUUUGUACAAAUCAGUAUGGCAUUGACUAUAGUGAUGAGCGUAGUAGGAUUUAUCAAUGGCAUUUGUUCUUUUAUCACAUUUAACAACACUAAAUUAUGUGCAGUUGGUUGUGGUUACUAUUUGUUAGGUUCAUCGAUGACUACUCUGUUGAUUAUGAUUGUAUUUGCAUUAAAGUUCUGGAUUCUGUUUUGUUCACAAAUGGGACUAGUGGAUAAUCAAUCAUUUCUUUAUGUUCAAUGUAUUUUAUUCGAUUUUCUUCUUCAUGUUGGUAUUAGUAUGGAUCAAUGGUUGCAUGCAUGUGUGGCAAUUGAACGAGCAAUAAGCAGUAUCAAAGGAGUUCUAUUCGAUAAAAAUAAAAGCAAAAAGGUAGCUAAAAUAGUGAUUCUUAUUCUUCUUGCUCUAACAAUCGGUACUUCUAUUCAUGAUCCUAUACAUCGAUGUCUGUUGGAUGAUAAUGACGGUGAUGUGAAGAGAAUAUGGUGUAUUGUCACUUAUCCAUUCAAUGUUCAAAUCUUCAAUGGUGUGAUCCAUACUAUUCAUUUUACGGUUCCAUUUGCUAUGAAUGUUAUUGCAUUUCUUGUUAUCAUCGUUACGGCUGCCCGUCAACGAUCAUUGGUCAAACGUGAUCAAUCAUACAAACAACAUUUACGUGCUCAGUUUCGACAACAUAAUCAUCUUCUCAUUUCCAUUUUUGUCUUAAUGAUUCUUGCUCUACCACGUCUAAUCAUUAUUUUCGUAUCUGGAUGCAUGGAGUCCGCUCGUAAGUCAUGGCUAUUCCUGACUGGAUAUUUCAUUUCAUUCAUUCCACCCAUGUUAACAUUUGUGGUGUUUAUCCUGCCAUCUAAAUUCUAUAAGAAGGAGUUUUAUAUAACUGUCAAUCGAUAUCGAACAGUGAUAAAGACUCGUCUACUUCGUAUAUCAUCACUGUAA